GAGAAAUGUUGUCUAUACCUGUCUAAUUUAUCCAGGCAUGGUAAGUAUUCUUAUUUCAAUACAUUGAUAUUCAGAUCACUGACUUGACUGGCUUUUCAUUUUUUUAAUCAUUUACGAAUUACAGGCAUUUGCAAUAUAUUACUGUUUUGAACAAUACAUACAGGGUUGAAAUCCCAGAAAGAGGAUUAUAAAAUCCGCAAAUCAGUAGUGUUGGAUCCUGGAACCAGAGAAGUCUUACUCAUCUUCCUCUCCUUUAAUAUACUCGUUAUUUGUCAUGUAUUUACAUCUAGAAGCAAUACAUGUUGGUGACCCCAGACAUCAAAUGAACCAUGGCCAAAAACACUGCCUCCUGGUCGUAAACAGCUAAAGAAUUGGACGAGGAUAACAAUCUCAAGCUUAAAGUUUUUAACCACAAAUUCACUGUUCCUUAAUCCUACAAUCAGCUAAUCCUUGAGCUAAUAAACUAAACCUCAGCUACUCCUGGAGGUAAUAAGCUGAACCUCAGCUAGUCCUGGAGCUAAUAAGCUGAACCUCAGCUAGUCCUGGAGCUAAUAAACUUAACCUCAGCUACUCCUGGAGGUUAUAAGCUGAACCUCAGCUAGUCCUGGAGGUAAUAAACUGAACCUCAGCUACUCCUGGAGGUAAUAAGCUGAACCUCAGCUAGUCCUGGAGCUAAUAAACUAAACCUCAGCUACUCCUGGAGGUAAUAAGCUGAACCUCAGCUUGUCCUGGAGCUAAUAAACUAAACCUCAGCUACUCCUGGAGGUAAUAAACUGAACCUCAGCUACUCCUGGAGAUAAUCAGUUUUCUACAAGUUAAAUCUAUGCCCGCCUAGCCUUCACUACAACUGAUCUCUUUUAAAUGGCCACUGGCCAGCCUUACAGAAUGUCGAUCAUGACGUGGGGAGGGGGCAAAUCAGAAAUUUACAAACAGCUACUUGUGAAUAAUGAUCAAUCAUCACCAGAACUCUUUCUACUCCUUUUCCGUAAACACUUACAAGGAAAUAUAUGUAUCAGUCUCGACUCCUUCUGUGCUCGAGACUUGGGGGGGACUUCUGAAGAGGAUUGAAAUCCCCGAAAUCGAGGAUUAUAAAAUCGGGAUAUCAGUAGUGUCGGCUCCUAGAGCCAGAGAAGACCUACUCAUCUUCCUCUCCUUUUAUACACUCGACAUGUAUUUACAUCUAGAAGCAAUAAAUGUACUUAUAAAGUAUUAGGGGAAAAAAAUCCAUUUCUUGAUUGAAUAACCUUAUAAAGACCUUUAUACUUACAGAGGAGAAAUGAAAAAAUAAUAUUUUUAGGAAUUAUUUUUCUUAAACCUAAAAUGCACAAUGUGUUGCAAAAAAAGGGAUCUUUGAGUAUGAAAAUAUGCAAGAGGUUAAAAAUACUCGGUAAACUUCUUCAUCCUUAGAAUUAAGAUAAGGGAAUGUGUGAUACACUAUUCAAGCAUUUUGAAAAAUGAUACAGCGGGCGCUAACCUGAAUACUUGAGAUGCUAAAAACUACCUUCAAAAAUGUAUAUUCUUUAGGACACCAAGUGUUAAUAAAGAAAGAGCAUGUAAAGGUCAGUCUGACCUCCGCUAACCUUCUCUAUUUGUAUAAAAGUAGUAAAUAGUUUUUAGAGAAAUCAGAACUAUGGUUUCCUUCAUUCUUACCCAGGUUCUGCUGUGCAGUGUUGCGGCAAAUAUCCUAGGAAGUCCAACGGAUAGGACUAACUAUGAAACUGAUCUGCUAUUUAAAAAUCUAAUCAGCAAGACAGAACACUUCAGGACAAUCAUGAAUGCUCGUGAUGCUGAAAGAAAUCCUUUGGAAGAGUUCCAUGAAGAAAGGAACCCUUUGGAAGGGUUACAUGUAGAAAGAAGCCCUUUAGAAGGGUUACAUGUAGAAAGGACCCCUUUGGAAGGGUUAUAUGUAGAAAUAAGCCCGUUGGAAGGGUUACGUGUAGAAAGGAACCCUUGGAUAGGUUUACUAGAUUUUCAAACCUCACAGAAGAAGAGAUCUGGAAUAAAUCCUGACAGUGUUCGUAAGUGGUGGUUCCAAAACUCUAGGCUAAACACUAAGAGAGAAGAUGAAGAUAAAGAUAAAUCAAACCGAAGAAUGAUGAGAAUUGGAAGAUCAGCUGGAUUCAUGAUCUAAUAAGAUAUCAUUGACUUAGGAUAACCCUGCCCUGCACUGGAGGAGGCUCUAAAUUUGUAAAAAUAGUAGAUUUAAACAAAAUAAUUUUGGUGGCUGAAUUUUGUAUAUGUAUUAAUCAUGUAUAUUGAAUAAUGAAUACUGAAAUAAAUUAUUUGUGAAUUGAA